GGAUUGCUUGAGCUCGAAGGUAGCAGUGAGCCAAGAUUGUGCCACUGGACUCCAGUUUGGGCGAAGAGCGAGACCCUGUUUCAAGAAAAAAAAUUUAAGAAAAGAUCCAAUGGGAAAUUGAAGUGCAGGCAGCACCCCAGCUUGUGCCCCUAAUCCAGAGAUACUUCCCUGGCAUCGGUGCUAGGCCUGGGUCCUCAGUUCCGUUGAAACUGUGGGAGAGAGUGUGUGGGCAUCGUCUCUGGGGAGGGGGUGUAACCCCAGAUUGCGUCUUCCUAGGAUGGUGCCUGGCACAUGACCUGGUUUCGCACACAGUUGGUGCCUCAUAAAAGCGUGUGAAUCACAGAGGCGGAUGAGGCCAGUGCACAGGGAGAGGCAAGACCAGGCCCUGGCGUCGUGGCGUGCACUGUGCCCUUAGGCGGUAUUUGAAUGUGGGAGUCUCUCUGCCCCCACCCGGGCCCUGAGCACGGGGACAGUGAGGACAGGUUCCUUUUCCUCCCGUGUCUGCAGGUGCCUGGCACAGUUGCCAUCCAGAGCUUACAGGACAGAGGGAGAGUCCCUGAGUCUGUGCACACUCUGCCACUGUGGCCCCGCCCAUCUCUGGGGCCCACAGGUGCCCAGCCCAGGCCCCUUGCUUUUGGCUAGACUCCUGCCAUAUGGGGACCCCCAUGAUAGCCAUUCAGGAGAUGGGGGGCCCAGGAGGUCAGGGGAUUGACUCCAGGCCAUGACCGGAAGUGCCCUGCGGCCCCUGUUCCCAGUCCCCAGGGAGAUCUGAGGGUCACAUGCUGUUAUGAGGAAGAGGACACCAGGUUGGCCCUGGCCCAGGGUGGGCAGCUCUGGUUUCACUACUUGGCUCUGAGCCCCUGAGGCAGGUGCAGGCGCCAGGCAUGGUGAGCAGGGCCCAGUGCCCCUCAGGCUCUGGGGAAGGGGUGCAGCUAGGUGGCCCAGAGCAGGGAGGUGCUGGGGACAGGUGUGACCACUUCCAGUCUCUCCCAGCCUGUUGGCCUUCAUCCUCUCCCAGAUUCCAAGGGUCACCGCUGGGAGCACGGGGUGGACAGCGUCCCACCAGCCUCCUGGAUGCACAUCCGUAAAGACUCCAAAGUGAAGUGAGGCUGGCUUCACUCCAGCUCACAGCAGAGGAAGGGGCAGCCUCAGGACCAGCGACUUGCUCAGAGUGCACAGGAGUGUGCCGGGGCCAGGCCAGACUGGGGCCUCUGACCCUGACUCUUGCCUGCAGGGCUGCACGGCCACUGUGUUCCACCUUCCAGUGUGGGCAGCAGUCCAGUGCGCGUCAUUCUGGGGCCUGAGCAGCGUGGCCAGAGGCUGGCCUGGGGUGGAGAUGACCUGGCUGUAGGUUGUGGGUGGGGUCCUUGCUGUGCUCCUGGCAGCAGGAAUCAGAGAAGCAGUAACUGGAUCCGGCUGAGGGCCUGGCGGCCACCGAGGGUACACGCGGCGAUCGGGUUGCGGCCAAGCCGUGAGCGUUCCACCGGGCAGCUCUACAUCGGGAAGGGCCGGCCCAGGCUGGGAGCCCACACGGGGUUGGAGGAGGUGGGCAGGAACGAGAGAGGCCAAAAGGUGCAGGGCCAUGAAGAGGGGCGCUGGGCCUACGCUGUGAGGAAACAAGGGUCAACCCUGCCCUCCAGCCCUGCGGGCCCUCAGGCUCUGGACUCUGCAAUCCAGGAGUGGCUGAAAUCCAAGCUCAGAGUAAUGAAAAGUACCGCUCCUAAGCUGCAAGUCUCUGAUCCGCUCUCCCCGCCCGCCCUCUGCUGCCCUCGAGCCCUCUAAGAGCUUCCCAGGCUGCUGCCGCAGGUCAGAGGCAGGUCAGAGCACACAGGGGAUCCAUGACACCGGCUGGGUCUGGGGGCCGUGGGCCAGCUGAGCCGACCUGGGGUUCUGGGGGGCCGCGGGGGCCGUGAGCACUCAGAGGGAGCGUCCCAGGCCCCUCCGGGGACCUGGCCAGCCUGAAGAUGCCGACCAACGGCCUGCACCAGGUGCUGAAGAUCCAGUUUGGCCUCGUCAACGACACUGACCGCUACUUGACAGCCGAGAGCUUCGGCUUCAAGGUCAAUGCCUCGGCGCCCAGCCUCAAGAGGAAGCAGACCUGGGUGCUGGAGCCCGACCCUGGACAAGGGUCGGCUGUGCUGCUCCGCAGCAGCCACCUGGGCCGCUACCUGUCGGCAGAAGAGGACGGGCGCGUGGCCUGCGAGGCAGAGCAGCCGGGCCGUGACUGCCGCUUCCUGGUCCUGCCGCAGCCAGAUGGGCGCUGGGUGCUGCAGUCAGAGCCGCAUGGCCGCUUCUUCGGAGGCACCGAGGACCAGCUGUCCUGCUUUGCCACAGCCAUCUCCCCGGCCGAGCUGUGGACCGUGCACCUGGCCAUCCACCCGCAGGCCCACCUGCUGAGCGUGAGCCGGCGGCGCUAUGUGCACCUGUGCCCGCGGGAGGACGAGAUGGCUGCGGACGGUGACAAGCCCUGGGGCGUGGACGCCCUCCUCACCCUCAUCUUCCGGAGCCGACAGUACUGCCUCAAGUCCUGUGACAGCCGCUACCUGCGCAGCGACGGCCGCCUGGUCUGGGAGCCGGAGCCCCAGGCCUGCUAUACGCUGGAGUUCAAGGCGGGCAAGCUGGCCUUCAAGGACUGCAACGGCCGCUACCUGGCACCCAUGGGGCCUGCUGGCACCCUCAAGGCCGGCCGAAACACGCGGCCCAGCAAGGACGAGCUCUUCGACCUGGAGGAGAGUCACCCUCAGGUGGUGCUGGUGGCUGCCAACCACCGCUACGUCUCUGUGCGGCAAGGGGUCAACGUCUCAGCCAAUCAGGAUGAUGAACUAGACCAUGAGACCUUCCUGAUGCAAAUUGACCAGGAGACAAAGAAGUGCACCUUCUAUUCCAGCACUGGGGGCUACUGGACCCUGGUCACCCAUGGGGGCAUUCAGGCCACAGCCACACAAGUUUCCGCCAACACCAUGUUUGAGAUGGAGUGGCGCGGCCGGCGGGUGGCACUCAAAGCCAGCAAUGGGCGCUACGUGUGCAUGAAGAAGAAUGGGCAGUUGGCGGCCAUCAGCGAUUUUGUGGGUGUGGCGCUUCCCAGGGACCCCACCCCCCCGGCCUGGACAGGGAAGGUGGCGGGAGGGGCAGCGCAGCAGACGCUCUCCCUGCCAGGCAAAGACGAGGAGUUCACCCUCAAGCUCAUCAACCGGCCCAUCCUGGUGCUGCGCGGCCUGGACGGCUUCGUCUGCCACCGCCGCGGCUCCAACCAGCUGGACACCAACCGCUCUGUCUACGACGUCUUCCACCUGAGCUUCAGCGACGGCGCCUACCAGAUCCGAGGCCGCGGCGGCGGAUUCUGGUACACGGGCAGCCACGGCAGCGUGUGCAGUGACGGCGAACGCGCCGAGGACUUCGUCUUCGAGUUCCGCGAACGCGGCCGCCUGGCCAUCCGCGCCCGGAGCGGCAAGUACCUGCGCGGCGGCGCCUCGGGCCUGCUGCGCGCCGACGCCGACGCACCGGCCGGGACCGCGCUUUGGGAGUACUGAGGCCGCGCCCGGACCAGCCUAUCGCGCAUUACACUGUGUCUGUCCCGCAGCCGCGCAUAGGCUUCCGGGUGCCGCUUGAGGGUCCUGCAGCUGUAGGGGGAGGAAGCCCACAGUUUCCCCCAAACCAGAGCGUGCCCAGAACCUCCCAGUGCCCAAGGACUCGCAUCCAGGAGGUGGCCUUGUGGAUGGGCAGGGUGACCGGGCAGGGUGACCCAGCCCGGUGGGGGUGGGGCGGAGGGGAGGUCUUGAGGACGUGGGGAAGAUGGGGGCUGGGGGUGGGUGGCGGACUGAGCCUGGGCGGGCUGAGGCCACCAACACAUAUCACAGAUGACCUCACUGGACACCACCCCUCCCCAACCUAGGUCCUCAACCCUCCCUAGCCCCUGGCAACCCCUUGCUCUCCCCCUGACUCUCAGAGCAAGACACAGGCACAAGCGUUGGACAAAGGUCAGAGCCAGAGGCUCCUG